AGGAGUGGGGGCAGUCCUCCUUUCUCGCUGCUCCUCGGGAGCCACCCCACCCUCAGGAACGAUGUCUUCUGCGAGGAUCUUUUGCCUGGUCCUGAGCCUGGCAGGCACAGUUUGGACCACAGAGACGGGUCCAGGUGAAUUUUUAACUGAAGGAGGAGGUGUGCGUGGCCCCAGACUUACGGAAAGACAGCAAUCUUCCUGCAGAGAGACAGACUGGCCCUUCUGCUCCGACGAUGACUGGAACCAAAAAUGCCCUUCUGGCUGCAGAAUGAAAGGGUUGAUUGAUGAAGUUAAUCAAGAUUUCACAAACAGAAUAAAUAAGCUCAAAAACUCACUAUUUGAUUAUCAGAAGAACAACAAGGACUCUAACUCAGUGACCAAGACUCUAAUUGACCUAGUGAGAGGGGAUUUUGCCAAUGCUAACAACAAUGAAAAUACAUUCAGCCAAGUGUCAGAAGACCUGAGAAGCAGGCUUGAGGUUCUGAAGCGCAAAGUCACAGAACAAGUACAGCACAUCCAACUUCUGCAGAAAAAUGUCAAGGCUCAGCUGAUAGAUAUGAAACGACUGGAGGUGGACAUUGACAUUAAGAUCCGAUCUUGCCAAGGGUCUUGCAGUAGGUCUGUAACACGUGGGAUAGAUCUACAGGACUACGAAGAGCAGCAGAAACAACUUGAACAGAUCAUGGCCAAGGACUUACUUCCCUCUAAAUAUAGGCAGAACUUACCACUGUUAAAAAUGAGCCCAGCUUUAGAAUUGUUUCCCAGAGAUUUCAAGAGUCAGCUUCAGACAGCCCCUCCAGAGUGGAGGGCACUAACGGAAAUGCAGCAGAUGAAAAUGGUGUUACAGAGGUCUGGAACAGACGGCACUCUCCGAGGAGACUCUGCACCUUACAGACCAGGACUAGCCCCUGAAAGCCCCAGGAAUCCUGAAUCUGGUAGUACAGGAAAUAGGAAACCUGGGAGCUCUGUACCUAGUGGUACUGGCACUUGGGACCAUGAAAGUCUUGGGCCAGAUAGCUCAGGGCAUGGGUACACCAGGCCUGCAAAUGCAGACUGGGGCACAUUUGAAGAGGAUUCGGGAAGUAUAAGUACAGGGUCAAGGAAAGAGCACUACCACACAGGUAAACUGGUCACUUCUGAAGGAGGAAAAGAGCUUCUGAUUAGUAAUGACAAGGUCAAUACUGGUGGCCUGACCACCGGGCAUCGUUUUUCAUGCUCUAAAACCAUCACUAAGACUGUUACAGGUGCUGAUGGACGCAAAGAAGUGAUCAAAGAAGUGGUAAACUCUGAAGAUGGUUCUGACUGUGGGGACGGAAUGGAUUUAAGCUCAUAUAGUCUUUCUGGCACGGGUGGCCUAGAUGACUUCCGUAGGAGGUUCCCUGAGCAUGCUGAUUUCUUUGACACUGAAUCAACUGGAAAAUUGCUCUCGUUACCUGCGUUCAAAGAAUUGGAGACAAAGACCCACUCAAUGGGCUCAACAUCUGACUUAGGGGAAACCAGUUCUCACCACGUCAAAGAAACUUCUUUUGACGUCAGAGGAACUCGUACCACCAUGAGAGGCCGUAGUAAAACUCGCACAGCCAGAGACUGUGAUGAUGUCCUCCAAACACAUCCUUCAGGUGCCCAAAGUGGCCUUUUCAAUAUCAAGCUACCAGGAUCCAGUAAGAUUUUUUCAGUUUAUUGCGAUCAAGAGACCGGUUUGGGAGGAUGGCUUUUGAUCCAGCAAAGAAUGGAUGGAUCAGUGAAUUUUAACCGGACGUGGCAAGACUACAAGAGAGGUUUCGGCAGCCUGAAUGACAAGGGAGAAGGAGAAUUCUGGCUAGGCAAUGAAUACCUCCACUUGCUAACCCUGAGAGGCUCCGUCCUUCGGGUUGAAUUAGAGGACUGGUCUGGGCACGAGGUACAUGCAGAGUAUCACGUGAGGGUAGGCUCUGAGGCAGAAGGCUACGCUCUGCAGGUCUCCUCCUAUGAGGGCACAGCGGGCGAUGCUCUGAUUGAGGGUUCUCUGGAGGAAGGCACAGAGUACACUUCUCACGCUGGCAUGCAGUUCAGCACCUUUGACAGGGACUCAGACCAGUGGGAAGAGAACUGUGCAGAAGUCUACGGAGGAGGCUGGUGGUACAACAACUGCCAGGCGGCCAAUCUCAAUGGCAUCUAUUACCCUGGGGGAUUCUAUGACCCCAGGAACAACAGUCCUUAUGAGAUUGAGAACGGGGUGGUCUGGCUGCCCUUCAGAGGGGCAGAUUAUUCCCUCAGGGCUGCCCGCAUGAAAAUCAGGCCCCUGGCGGCCCAGUAAGCUGACAGACUGGAAACGAAAGCGCUCUGUUUUGUUUAGUGGAGUGGAGAAAAAUUAAGGAAGAUAAAGGAGUCAAGAUUCUCUACAGCCUAAAAAUUCCCAGGUGCUAUUUUAUUAUUUUUUUUGUACUGUAGCUAAAUGUAACCAAGACAUAUUAGUGCUUAAAAAAAAUAAAGUUAUGUGAUUUUUAAAAAUC